AGAAAAAGGAAAUAAAUUCCUGCUUGUAAUAAAUUGUACAGUAAGAAGCUGGUAGUAAGCAAGCACAUGACAAACUUGGUCUAUAAUAACUUUAUUGUAGACCAGGUUUAUUUAUGAAUUUUUACUUGCUUGGGGGCUAUAUUAGAUUUAUUACAUUUAUUAUUUUAUAAAGUUAGUUAGAGGUGUAACUAACUCCAAUAUAUAUACUGUACACUUGUAAUAAUUAUGUAAUUAGAAUUCAUUUUACAGAUUUUCUGACUUAAAUAAAAUCUCUCUCUACAUUUCUCCUCCUUAUAUCUACAAUUCCUACAUGGUGUCAGAGCAGAAUCUCACUCGAGAUUAGGGUUCUUCGUUUCUUUGAUUGAAUUCUUCUAUCGUCUCUGUUUUUCCGCUGAUUUGUUGUUCGAUUGCGAAGAUUUAUUGCGAUUGCAAUUUGUUUGCAAUUGCGAAAUUUUCUUGCAGAUCUUGAACAUCUGAUUUCUUUUUGAGAUUGUUGAUUACGAUUUCGUAAUCAGUUUUUUGAGUUGUUCGUUCUUCAAUUGCGAUUAUUUUUCGAGAUCUUGAAGAUUUUGAGCUGUUUUAAUGGCGGCUGGUACUGGUAAUGGUGAUGCUUCUUUUGAGAUGAACUCGUUUUCUUCUGGAGGUAAUCUUGAUCCUCUUUUUAUUGCAAAUUCAGAUAGUCCUACUGCUUCUCUAGUUGUUGUUCCAUUUUCAGGUCAUAAUUUCAUUAGAUGGAGUCGUAGUGUAAAACGUUCUUUGAUUGCUAAGAAUAAGGAUGGUUUUGUUACUAGUUCAAUGAAGAAACCUGAUGAAUUUCACAAGGAUCAUCCUAGGUGGAAUAGAGCUGACUAUAUGGUUGUUAGCCGGAUUUUGAGUUCUAUGAUUGCUGAAAUUGCUGAUGAUUUUGCUUAUGUUGAUUCUAUUGUUGAAUUGUGGAGUGAAUUGCAAGAACGUUUUGGUUAGUCUAAUGGCCCUUUGAUCUAUUAGUUGAAGAAGGAUAUUGAUGCUUUAAAGCAAGAAAAUAUGUCGAUUAUUGCUUAUUAUGGCAAAAUCAAGAAAUUGUGGGAUGAAUUGCAGAGUUUGAAGGAGUAUCCUAUGUGUACAUGUGGUGCAUUGUCUUCUUGUACUUGUCAAUUUUUGAAGAAGCUUGCUGAUCUUGAAGCUGAUGAUAAGCUGAUGCAGUUUUUACUAGGUUUGAAUAGUGGUUUUGAUUAUACUAUUACAAAAAUUUUGUCUAUGGAUCCUCUUCCUUCUCUUAAUAGAGAUUUAUCCAUUGCUCAAAAAGUUGAGAAACACAAGGAGGUUAGUGGUAAUACUGAGCAUAUUACUGAGAGUAGUGCUAAGGUUGCUCAGAGAGGUCAGAGUAAUUAUAAUCAGAGGUUUAAUCCUCGAAACAACAAUAGUCAGAAUGUUGUUAAGAAGGAUUGGAAGAAGGAGAAGAAUGAUAGGAAAUGUGAUUAUUGCAAAGGGAAGGGGCACACUAUGGAUUCUUGUUUUGAAUUGCAUGGUUACCCUAAUUGGUAUAAUGCUCUUAAGGUUGCUAAGAAUUCUGGUAGUGGUCAGAAGAUUGUUGCUAAUGUGACUAUUGAUCAAGUUCAAGAAGAUCCUCUAUCUUAAAAUACUGCUGCAAGUGCUGGUGGUAUUGAUUCUGAUAUGCUGAGUAUGAUAUGUCAAGAAGUGAUGAAAACUAUGAAAGGCAAGCAGGCUACUGGAGGUUCUGGCUUGUCAUUUGCAAAUUUUGCAGGACCAUUCUAGUGAAGAUGUGAUUGGAUAUGGACUGAGGCAAGGUGGCUUGUAUUACUUCUCCAUUAAUGAGGCUAUGAUCUUGGCUAUGGAAAAAGGCUUUAGAGAAUUGAAGUUUAUAUGGAUUGUGCUACCUUGAUCACACAUCUGAACACGAAUGCAGAGAACAAUAUUACUAAUAGAUGGACUUUGCAUGAUAUCAAGAAACGAGAAGGGCAAUUCGAGGCAUGCUGCAUCAGAAAGGUGGAUAGGCAACAUGUACAAAGGGCACAUCAUCAAGUAACCAACUUCUGUAGAACUGAUCUAGUUUCUUUCUCAAAUGUUUAAAUUGCAGUUUAGCUCUUGUCAAAAAAAAAAAAAAAAAAAAAAACAAAUUGAAGACUUUCUUCAGAUCGGUGUUAAAAUUGUUUUAUUCAAUAUGUUCGUUACUUGCCUUAUAUCUUUUUAAA